AUGGUGUCACGUUCUUCAUCUCUUGCUCUUGUUUUCUUGUGUUUUUGCAACUUCUCUUUCUUGGAGGCUCUCAAAGGUGGCUUCAGCGUGGAAAUGAUCCACCGUGACUCAUCAAGAUCACCACUCUAUCGUCCCACGGAAACUCAAUUCCAACGAGUUACCAAUGCGGUGCGUCGUUCCAUCAACCGUGCCAAUCGUUUCAACGUUGACACACCCAAGGCCACGGUAACACCUGACCAAGGUGAAUACCUGGUAAGCUAUUCGGUCGGAACCCCACCGUUCAAGGUUUAUGGCAUUGUGGACACGGGUAGUGACAUUGUUUGGUUGCAAUGCAAGCCUUGUGACCCAUGUUACAACCAAACCACUCCUAUGUUUGAUCCUUCAAAAUCCACAACCUACAAAACCCUCCCUUGCUCUUCUGACACGUGUGAGUCAGCACGAAGCACCUCUUGCAAGGGCAGAACUUGUGAAUAUAGUAUUAACUAUGGGGAUGGGUCACACUCACAUGGGGAUCUUAGUGUGGAUACCCUCACUCUAGCCUCCACCAAUGGAUCUCGUGUUACAUUUCCCAAAACUGUGAUUGGAUGUGGACAUAGUAAUACUGUGUCCUUUCAAGGGAGAAGCUCUGGCAUAGUUGGCCUUGGAGGAGGACCUGUGUCACUUAUAACUCAAUUGAGUUCUUCAAUUGAUGGAAAGUUUUCUUAUUGUUUGGCACCAAUGUUUACCAACUCUAACUCAUCUAGCCAACUCAACUUUGGAGAUAAUGCUGUGGUUUCUGGGGAUGGAACUGUCUCAACCCCAAUUAUAGGACACGACCAAGAAAUAUUUUACUACCUCACAUUGGAAUCAUUCAGUGUGGGAAAAAAGAGAGUUGAGUUUGGAAGCCCUAUUUCUGAUGAGUCUAGUGAAGAGGGUAAUAUCAUAAUCGACUCAGGUACAACACUCACUCUUUUGCCAAGUGAUGUUUACUCAAAUUUGGAAUCAGCAGUAGCAGAUGAGAUUGCAUUAGAGCGUGUUAAAGAUCCAAGCAAUCUACUAAGCCUGUGCUACAAAACUACUUCAUCUGGUGAAGUAGAUGUGCCAACAAUCACUGCACAUUUCAGUGGUGCCGAUGUGAAGCUGAAUGCUAUCAACACCUUUGUUGAAGUGGCCGAUGGGAUAAUAUGUUUUGCUUUCCAUCCAAGUGACGAUAUUGGAGCCAUUUUUGGAAACUUGGCUCAGCAAAACCUCUUAGUUGGAUAUGAUCUUCAAGAGAGCACACUCUCCUUUAAACCCACAGAUUGUACCACGACGUGA